CGAGUAUCUCACUUUGAACAGACCAAACAUUAUGGAGAGCAAAAAAGAAGAAAAAAAAGAGCAACCUUGUGAUUCACGAGAUAACGCAAACCUUUGUCUCUCACCAUCAUACAAAAAAUAUCUCUCUUUCUAGUUAAUAGGUAUUUACAAAUCUUGUAAACUUAAUCUCUCUCUAUCUCUCUAUCUGCUCUGUUUACUCUGCUUUGUAAAUUUUGUAAUGUUCGUUUGUUGUUAUCGUCUACUAAGGAAGACAAAUAAUGGGUUGUUCUAGCUCGAGAACCAUAGCAGAGGGGAAAAAGGAGAAGAUUCGAAGACCAAAAACAUGGAAACAUCCUCAACCGAUAUCAAGAGAUGAGCUCACACAGAUGCGAGAGGAGUUCUGGGACACAGCUCCUCACUAUGGAGGCAAGAAAGAGAUAUGGGAUGCGUUACGAGCUGCAGCAGAAGAGGAUGAUUUAUCGCUUGCGCAAACGAUACUUGAGAGUGCCGGUGUGAUUGUUCAGAACACUGACCUCACCAUUUGUUACGACGAGAAAGGUUCCAAGUAUGAAUUGCCUAAAUACGUUCUCAGGGAUCCUUCAAAUUUGAUCCCAACCAAAUAGAGAAAUUCAACAAAAGACUACGAAGAACGAGAAAAGCUCGCUUGUGUAUGCAUUCUAAGGAAUCAUGUUGUGUUUAAUUUAGUUAUUGUUUGGAUAUGUUAUCUUGUGUAUAUGAGAACAUAUGUGAGAAGUGAAAUGGAUUACAAAGGUCCAAAAGUUCCUUUAUAAUUUUUCCAUAAAAAAAGAACCUAUGAUCAAUAAAACUACGCUCAUACCACAAAUUGUUAUCUCUUGUUUCUAUCUUGUUGUUCAAGAUUCAUAAG